CCUUGGCCCUCAAGGCAGGGGAGGGGGCGAGGGGCUCGGCUGCCGGUCGCAGCUUAGGUCCCCGCCGCCUGCCUCCGGGGGUCUGGCGAGUCCUGGCUUGCCACCUCCCUGGAGACUUGAUGGCCACGGAAGGCCUGGCGGGGGCGCUGGCCACCGUGCUGGGGGGCAAGGGGUUACUGGUGCAGAGCUGUGACUCGGAGCCGGCUGGCAAGCCGCUGUCGCCCGUGCGGCUGCGGAAGAAUGUCUGCUACGUGGUGCUGGCCGUGUUCCUCAACGAGCAGGAUGAGGUGCUGAUGAUCCAAGAGGCCAAGAGAGAGUGCCGGGGAGCAUGGUACCUCCCUGCAGGAAGGAUGGAACCUGGGGAGACCAUCGUGGAGGCCAUGCAGCGGGAGGUGAAGGAGGAAGCUGGGCUGCUCUGCGAGCCAGUGACACUGCUGUCUGUGGAGGAGAGGGGUGCCUCCUGGAUCCGUUUUGUAUUCCUUGCUCGACCCACAGGUGGAGUUCUCAAGACUUCCAAGGAUGCAGAUGCUGAGUCUCUCCAGGCUGGCUGGUACCCACGGGUCUCCCUGCCCAGUCCACUUAGAGCCCAUGAUGUUCUGCACCUGGUUGAGCUGGGUGCCAAAUUCUGCCAACAAGCCACACACCCUCUCAUUCUGCCUCAAGAGCUUCCCUGCAGUGUGGUUUGCCAGCGGCUCGUGGCCACCUUUACAACAGUCCAGUCAGUAUGGGUGUUGGUGGGCACAGUAGGGACACCUCACUUGCCCAUUACUGCCUGUGGCUUCACAUCUAUGGAGCAAAGGGGUGGUAUCAAGGUGGCCAUCCUGCGGCUGCUACAGGAGUGCCUGACUCUGCACAAUCUGGCAGUGGAGACCAAGGGGUUGCUCGGACUGCAACACCUGGGCAAAGACCACGUGGAUGGCAUCUGCCUGAAUGUGCUGGUGACGGUGGCCUUUCGGAACCCAGGAAUCCAAGAUGAGCCCCCAAAGAUUAGGGGUGAGAACUACUUUUGGUGGAAGGUAUUAGAGGAAGACUUGCAAAAACAGCUUUUACACAGACUCCAGGAAUCUUCCGUCAUCCCCCUGAGCAGAUAGAGAGGUAUCAGCAGGGACAGGAGCUGAGCAGCCACCUCCUUCUCCAUAGGCUGGAAAGAGGCUGGAAAUCUCGCUGCACUGUGUGCAGGGACCCCACUUUGAGCCCAAAGGGAGAGUGCCUUGAAUCCAGUGCUCAGGGGUUUCCAUUGUUCUCAGGGUACACAGUGCUUCCCUCAAAACCGUGAGAAGCUUUUUGAACCCCAAUGGCAUCAUCUUAUUUCUUUGUUCACUUUGGUAAAAGUUGAAUGUUGAUCCGUCCAAGCCCUUAGGGGGAUGGGACAUGGGGGACUCGUCCCUCAGGGCAGAGUCAUUGCUGAGUAAAAAGGUGUUGCUUAACUUGC